AUGGCACCCUCAAAACCUGAGGGAGCAUCUUCCCUCGAAAUCCUGUCUGAGCCGGACUGGGCCCAAACCCACAGCCACCGUGUCGGCAUCCGUGACCGUGAUGCCCGGCGUAUGGGCGUAACCAAUCGCGGUGACGAGGCAUUGUAUGAGCUUGAGGAUAUUGCGGAGGAGAAGCUCAAUGAGCUGAGACAGAAAGUUAAGGAGGGUGGUUUGGUUACUAUUCGCGAUGUGAUGACGAAGCAGACUGACUUUCACCUGGCGAGGCCAGACUUGCACCCAAAAUUUUGGCGGUACGUGCUACAUACAACAGAAUCAUUCAUCAAGUAUGCCCAGCCGUGGCCGGUGAACCAGAAGCGAAAAGAGAAGGAAGAGGCGGAAGAGAAAGAGAGGGAAAAGCAGAAAUCGGAAGAAGACGCGCAAAAGAACACCGCUCAAAAGGAUAAAAGCGAGGCAGAUAAAAAGGACCAGGAGGGCGAGAAAGAGGGAGAGGGACGGCCAAAGCUCUCAACAGAGGAGCAAGCGCUUCUCGAUUGCCUGAAAUACGAGCAACAAUAUCGAUCGUCAAUGCGAAGAAACGAUGGGAAGGGGUUCUCCCCGUACAAAGACAAGGACGAGCAGCUUCCAGCGCAAAUUGACGAAGCUGAUCAGUUCUCUCCAGACAGCUGGAUCCCGCGCAGCGAUAAACUGAUUCGACUGACGGGAAAGCAUCCCAUGAAUGCGGAGGCCGAGCUUUCCACUCUCUUUGAUGGUGGUCUCAUCACGCCCUCGUGCAUUCAUUACGUGCGUAACCACGGUGCGGUACCGCAUUUAUUAUGGGAGAAUCAUAAGCUCGAGGUAGAGGCCGGGAAGAAACUGACCCUCUGGAUGGACGACUUGAAAAGUCAGUUUGAGAGUAUCAAUAUUCCGGUUUUUUUAGCCUGUGAUGGAAGUCGCCGAAAGGAGCUUAACAUGAUUAGGAAGACUCGCGCGUUCAAUUUCACUAUUGCAGCUUCUGGCUGCGCCUACUGGAGGGGGGCGUUGUUGCGUGAUGUCCUCCUAGCCGCAGACACUGCACGGCUGAUAGACGAGAACCCCGAGAAAUUCUUCUGGGUGAACUUUGUUGGCGCUGACGAGCUAAGUGAAGGCAAGUAUGAGACUUGCAUACCGCUCGAAUAUGCCAUGGAUGCUACCAACGAUGUCCUGCUUGCCUACGGGAUGAACGAUCGCCCCAUUCCUCCGGACCAUGGCUAUCCGCUUCGCCUAAUUCUUCCUGGCUGGGUAGGCGCACGGUCUGUCAAAUGGCUGUCGAAGGUCUGGGUCACAGAGAAGGAGAAUGACAGCUUCUAUCAUAUUUACGAUAACCGACAACUUCCCACUUUCGUUACGGACGUUGAGUCCGAUGUCGCCCAAACGAUGUUCCACCACCCAAGUACGAUAUGCAACAAGCAAAUGCUGAACUCGGCUAUCGUGCGGCCUGCACAAGGGGAAAAGAUCGACCUGGCUGAAGUGAGGAAGGGAGAGACAUAUCGCAUCGAGGGACUUGCGUACAACGGCAGCGGGAAUGAAAUAGCGCGGGUGGAGGUUAGUUUGGAUGGCGGCGAUACUUGGCUUUAUUGUAUUCGCAAAUAUCCUGAUGCUCCAUUCCGACACAGCAAGAAAUUCUGGACUUGGUUGCACUGGCACAUCGACUUAGACUUGAGCAAGCUCAUCCGCGCACCCAGUAUAGUCGUCCGUGCAAUGGAUGAGCAUAGGAACACGCAGCCACCAAAGCCAGUUUGGAACAUCACAGGAAUGAUGAACAAUUGUUGGUACCAAGUCCGCCCAGAAAUUGAAGAAACAGAUACCGAAGCAUAUCUCCUCUUCCGCCACCCCGUCGAUGCCGGCAACGGCAUGAAUGGCUGGAUGAAGCAGUCCACAGAAGAACAGAUCAAAGACAUCAAGCGCAAAGCAGCCACCCCUGAGAAGGAAUUCACCCGGCAGGAAAUCGAAAAGCAUACCUCGCCGGAUGACUGCUGGAUUGUUAUUAAUGGUAAUGUAUACGAUGUGACUAGUGUUUUGAGCUGGCAUCCUGGUGGGAGAGGCCCUAUCAUGGGGCAUGCUGGGGCGGUCCAUAUGGAUACAACUGAAGAGUUUGAGAGUAUCCAUGAUGACUUUGCGCAGUCCAAGCUCAAAGAAUGUAUAAUCGGCAAAGUCACUCAGAAGGCAAUGGCCCAUAUGGAAAAGGACGCCGAACAAAAGGCCUCGGAGAAGUCUAGCAAAGGAGACACAAAACACGAUUUUGCCUUGAACAAAAACAAAUGGACUCAGGCAAAACUCUACAAAAAGCACCGCCUCUCAUCCGACACCCAGCGUUACACCUUUACUCUCCCGCCCCCAUCCAAAGCCCUCGGCCUCCAUACAGGCCAACACGUCCAGGUCGGCUUCCACUUCGAAGACCGCCUCGUCAUGCGUCCUUACACCCCCAUACGGCCAGUCCUAGACACCGAAGAUGAUGGCACUUUUGACCUUGUCGUGAAGACGUACCUACCAGACGAGGACCAGCCAGGAGGCACAAUGAGCAAUAUCCUAGACUGUAUGCGCGAAGGCGAAGAAAUCGAAGUGAAGGGCCCAUCCGGUGCGAUCAGGUAUUUAGAUAACGGGCGCUUUGCCAUCGACGAUAAGGAAUACACCUUCGACAACGUGAGUUUCAUUCUCGGUGGCUCAGGCGUGACGCCGGGGUAUCAAGUUAUAGCGCGCAUUCUGGAGUCGGCGCCGAGUGAUAAGACGAAGAUCCGUGCGAUAUAUGCAAAUAAAUCUGAGUCGGAUAUCCUCCUGCGUGAGAAUUUGGAUGGGUUUGCGGCGGAGCAUCGGGGUCAGUUCGAGAUUACCCAUGUUCUCUCGCAUCCGAGUGAUGAGUGGAAGGGGCUUAAGGGGCAUGUUAACGAGGACAUAAUCAAACAUCAUGCUUUUGAGCCUGGAGAGAAGUCUGUUGUGUUGCUUUGUGGACCACCAACAAUGAUUCAGAAGGCUGCGUUGCCCGCUUUGAAGGAUUGGGGGUAUGAUGAGGAUAAGAAUUUGUUUGGCUUUUGA